AUGGCUUUCUCAGCCCCACCUCGUGACGGCCAGCUCGCGGGCAACUGGCGCGAGGCCAAGUGGCUCGCGAGCACUAAAACCCGCUUCUAUGAAAUCCGCGAUAUCACGCUGGAGCGGCCUCCUGUGAGCUACACCUCCUGCGUCGCCGGUGUUGAUCCGGAGAAUAUCCACAAAGUGACCGAAGGCAGCGAUAGCGAACUAGACAAUGCUCUGCACAACAUCUAUGCUGAAUACGGCCCUGUCGACCUGCAAGUCCGUGGUUGCGAUCGAGACGGCAAAUACUACGUUAUAUGCUCGCAGCUGAGGCACAAGCACGGUCCUGCCAAGGCGGUCAUUUGCGUUUCACCAGCCAAGGUGGAGAAGGGUAGAACGGCAGCAGCAAAGACCGAGCCUACGCAGCCAGUACUGGACGGCAAGGUACAGGAGCAAGAGGACUGGGAGCAGGUCGUGAGUCAUGAGGUGGAGGUGGAUGACGAUUGGAUCAAGGUCUGA